AGAAAAAGCAAACAAACAAUUUACAAACAUGAGUUUCGUCGUUGGAAUCAAAGAUUCUAUCAAGGACGCUGUGAAGUCAGUAAAGGAUGAAAUCAAGGGAAAGAACAAGGAUAAGGAGCAUCAUCAUGAUGUAUCUCAAAGUGGAUCGGAACAGGCUCUUGCAAGCAGUGUCGAAAAGAACGCACAGAAGCUCACUUCUGAAGUCCAGAGAGCCGCCCAAUCUGCCAAACAGGGCGAUAACACUUUCGUCACGGAAAUCCGUCAAUCACCCGACAAUGUUACAAGCGUCAAGAUGGUGACUCGUACCACUAAAGUCGUACAGCCAGAUUAUGAUGUCGGUGAUGCCGAAAAGAUGGCCCACGACCUCAAAGAAGACGUUCACCAGAAAAUUAGUGGCUGGAAAACUGAUGUCCCCAACACCGACCAGAUUUUCGGCGAUGCACAGAAGAAGGCCACUGAUGCCAAGUUCCAGACAGCUGAGAAACUCCUCCAGCUCAAAAAUAAUGCUGGAGAGGUCGUCAAGGAUGCCGCUGACCAUCUCCACCAUGACUUCGGAGAUGCCGCUCAAAGAGCCGCCAGGGCAAGGGAUGCUGCUUCCGAGAAAUUGUCCGGCAUGAAAAAAUACGCCGAUAAGGAAACUUCUGAGGCUCAGAAGGCUGCUGAUGAGGAAAUUCGUCGGGCCAGACAGCAUGCCGCUGAUCUGAGAAAUCAGCUCAAGGAUAAGCUUAACAAGUGGAAGGUCGACACUAUCAAAACCGCCACCGAAGCAGAGGAAGCGACCCAACAUCUGAUCGACAACGCUCAGCAGAGAAUAAAGGAUGUAAGAGAGGAUACAGCUGAGAAACUGAAAGAUUUGGAGGAUGAGGCCUCGCAGGUCAGAAAUGGAGCAAAUCAACAGAUUGAUGAUAUCUUCGAAGAUGCGAAACAGAGAGCGAUCGGUGUGAUCAUGGAAACCGCAGAGACAAUGGCUCACCUGAAGGCUGCUGCCCAGAAUCUUAUUAUCGAUGGUAACCAGGAAGCUUUGGACGCAGCUCUCGAUGCGCAGAAGAAGGUCGGCGACCUCAAAAACUUCACUCAGGUGAACAUGCAAGCAUGGAGGAGAGAUGCUGAAGGUAUCGCCGCUGGAGCCAGAGACGAUGCUCUUCACGCUGUUGAAGAUGCUGGCAAGAAGGCUGCUGACUUAAAGGACCAAGCCGCGCAGAAAUUGUCUGGACUGAAGAACGAAGCCCUGAGAACCGCUCAGCAAGCUAAUCAAGUCAUCUCACAUGCAUACGAUGAUGCCCUUAAGAGGACAUCCGAUGUGGAAGCUCAGACCUCUGCCAGACUUGCUAACCUCAAAUCGCAAGCUUCGGGAGCACCCGGACAAGCCGGCCAGGACGCCCUCCGCGCUCUGGCUGAAGCCGAGAGAAGAGCGGCUCAGCUCAAGGAAGACACUGCCAGGAAAUUGGCCGCAUGGAAGGCUGAGUCAGAACGAUUGGCUGCUCAGGCCAAGGACGCUUCAUCCACUGUGCUAGAAGAUGCCCGCAGACAGGCAGAACAAAUUUUGAGUCAGGCUAGAAUGACUGCUGAACAGAUCGUUGGUGAUGCUGACGCACAGGCUAGAGCAGUAAAGAUCGAAACCGAAAAGGUCGCCCAUGUCGUUGGUGACGCUCUCGAAAAGCAGGUUGCCAGUGUCCAGGACAAGGCCGAUGAACUGAAAGAUGAAACUGAUGAGGCUCUCAAGGGAACCAAUGACUUUAUCAAGCACUCAGUAACUGAGAAGACCACCGAAACCUACGUCGAGGCUCAAGGUGCUGCCGCAGGUAUCCACGGCCCUGGUGGCAUCAAGAUCGGCGGUAAUAUCCAUCCGGUGGUGGUCACCAAUCUGGCAUGCAAUCCGGUGGUGGUUACCAACAAUCUGCAGCAAGACCACCCAGAAAUCCCAAUCGAAGAAGUAAAUGUUUACCGGAACUUCUGGAUUAAGGGACGUGUUAGCUACAAAUGCGAGUUGGAUGCAAUUAUUGGUGGAAGUGUUAUGACCAUCAUAGUAUUGCUCUUCUCUGAUAUUAUUCUAUGUAUCUUUUAGUCAGAAAGGAGCAUUGUGUACUUUGUCUGGAGAUCUAGCUUACACCUCCUGUUCUAUAAUCGAAAUUUCAUGUUCUCUGAUUUCAUUUCCAAUAUUAUGGUUAGAGGGAAGUGUCAGGUAUGUUAAUUUCUCCUAUAGAAAUUGCAUACAUACUUCCUUCAUGUAUGAAGCUUGGACAAGUAUGUAAUCCAUAGCUUCCACGGAUCCUCUAUAUAUUGUAAUCGCAGUUUUGUGACAGUUGUCGCACUUGCUAUUACACGUAACUAUCUGCAGUGCGCGUAUCGCUUGUGUACAC